GUUAGCUAUUAUAAGUCAGAGGUUCUCCCUCUUCUGAAGCAGCACAAAGUAAUAUAUUUGACCCACACUGAUUCCCGACUUGCCAACAACGAUCUCCGCACUUCCAUACAGAAGCUAAGGUGCCGUGUGAAUUACAGGGCACUAAAAUACUCGACAUCAAUAGAAGAACUGGCAAAAGUCUUGGUUUCAAGAUUGCGACAAAACAGUAGCCCUUAUAUUGCUCUUCAUUUGAGGUAUGAGAAGGAUAUGCUCGCUUUCACGGGCUGCAGUCAUAAUUUGACUGCAGUGGAAGAUGAUGAGCUGCGUAGGAUGCGGUAUGAGGUCAGCCAUUGGAAGGAAAAAGAGAUUGAUGGGUCAGAGAGAAGGCAGCUUGGUGGCUGCCCAUUGACCCCAAGGGAAACUGCUCUUUUGCUUAAAGGGCUGGGUUUCCCAUCCAACACAAGGAUUUACCUGGUUGCUGGUGCAGCUUAUGGAACUGGGACUAUGCAACAUCUCACAGAAAGUUUCCCAAAUAUCUUCUCCCAUUCAAUUCUUGCCACAGAACAAGAACUAAAUCCUUUCAGGAAUCACCAGAACAUGCUGGCCGGUCUGGACUAUGUUGUUGCCCUUCGUAGUGAUGUUUUCGUUUAUACCUAUGAUGGUAAUAUGGCAAAGGCAGUUCAAGGUCAUAGACGCUUUGAGAACUUCAAGAAAACUAUCAAUCCGGACAGGAUGAAUUUUGUAAAACUAGUUGAUGAAUUUGAUGAAGGAAGAAUUUCUUGGAAGAAAUUUAGUUCUAAAGUGAAGAAGCUUCAUAAAGAUCGAGUUGGAGCUCCAUAUAUGAGGGAACCUGGUGAAUUUCCAAAGCUUGAAGAGAGUUUUUAUGCAAACCCCUUUCCUGGAUGUAUUUGUGAAAGAUCAAAUGAGAAAUAG